AAGCCCAAAUAAGCCCACACCAAUUGGAGAUCUGCGAAACCCUAAAACUUAAAUCUUCAUCUUCGUUGUAAAAGCAACACACAUACAUUUCUGUUAGGGUUCUUCAUUGUCGCCGUAUCGCCGCUUGAAUUCGAAGUUCCACUAAUGGCUCCGAAGAAAGGCGUGAAGACUGUUGCAACUAAGAAGAAAACGGAGAAGGUGGUGAAUCCGUUGUUUGAGAAACGUCCAAAGCAGUUUGGAAUCGGUGGAGCUUUGCCUCCUAAAAAGGAUGUGCACAGAUUUGUAAGAUGGCCACAAGUUGUUCGAAUUCAGAGGAAGAGGAGGAUCCUCAAGCAGCGUUUGAAGGUUCCACCAGCUUUGAACCAGUUUACCAAGACCCUUGACAAAAAUCUUGCAACUACAUUGUUCAAGAUGCUACUCAAGUACAGGCCAGAGGAUAAAGCUGCAAAGAAAGAACGUCUUUUAAAAAGAGCGCAGGCUGAGUCAGAUGGGAAAACGGUUGAAGCUAAGAAACCAAUUGUUGUCAAGUAUGGUCUGAACCAUGUCACUUACCUAAUUGAGCAGAACAAGGCGCAACUGGUAAUAAUCGCCCAUGAUGUUGAUCCAAUUGAAUUGGUUGUCUGGCUUCCGGCACUCUGCAGAAAGAUGGAAAUCCCCUACUGUAUUGUGAAAGGGAAAUCACGAUUAGGAGCCAUUGUUCACCAGAAAACCGCUGCAGCACUGUGCUUGACUACGGUCAAGAACGAAGAUAAAAUGGAAUUCAGCCGGAUUUUGGAGGCUGUCAAGGCAAACUUCAAUGACAAGUAUGAAGAGUACAGGAAGAAGUGGGGUGGUGGAAUAAUGGGAUCAAAAUCACAAGCAAAGACCAAGGCAAAAGAGAGAGUUCUUGCCAAAGAGGCUGCUCAGAGAAUGAACUAGGCUGAAUUUGGUAAUAUUUUGAGAUUUUGAAACAUUUUGUUACUUUUUAAGAAUCUUGUUCUCCCUUUGGGAGGUCAAUACUCAUGUAUGCUUCUUAUUGUAUGUGUUUGGUUUUUGGUUCUGUGACAGUUGAUUCAAUUCCAGAAAAUUUUAACCAGUUUUACCUUCUGUAA